UUUGAACUUUUCCAAAUUUUCUCGAAUUAUACCAUUUUUUUCCUUUUCUUUCUGAGACUGUAACUGUCAAUCACGAUUCACGGACUGUUAAGCCCGGUUCUUCCCUGAAGAAGGAAGGAGAAAGCAGAAACUCAAAGGUAAGAGAAAACAGGAAGCUGAGCAAGCAUAAUGGCAAAAUCAAGCGCCGACGAUGAGGAGCUGCGGCGAGCCUGUGAGGCAGCAAUCGAAGGCACCAAGCAGAAGAUCGUUCUGUCGAUUCGUGUGGCCAAGAGCCGCGGGAUCUGGGGCAAAUCUGGCAAAUUAGGCCGCAAUCAUAUGGCCAAACCUAGAGUUCUCGCUCUAUCCAUAAAAACGAAGGGACCAAGGACUAAAGCUUUCUUACGAGUCUUGAAAUAUUCAACAGGAGGUGUUCUUGAGGCUGCUAAGCUUUACAAGUUGAAGCAUCUUUCAAAGGUGGAGGUUAUAACUAAUGACCCCAGUGGAUGCACUUUUACCCUGGGAUUUGAUAACCUCAGAAGUCAGAGUGUUGCCCCACCACAGUGGACCAUGCGCAAUAUUGAUGAUAGGAACCGCCUAUUACUUUGCAUCUUAAACAUGUGCAAAGAUAUACUUGGUCGUCUUCCCAAAGUUGUUGGUAUUGAUGUUGUGGAGAUGGCUCUUUGGGCCAAGGAAAAUACACCUGCAGUUACUACCACUCAAAGGACUCUGCAGGAUGAGCCUGUUGAAACUGCAGUAACAGGAAGUGACAUGAAAGUCAGUGUUGAAAAGGAACUUGUUGCUCAAGAUGAGGAAGAGGACAUGGAGGCUCUUUUGGGCACUUAUGUCAUGGGUAUUGGUGAGGCAGAGGCAUUUUCCGAAAGGUUGAAGCGAGAACUUCUUGCUCUGGAAGCAGCAAAUGUACAUGCCAUUUUGGAAAGUGAACCUCUGAUAGAUGAAGUACUGCAAGGACUCGAGGUAGCAACAAACUGUGCUGACGACAUGGAUGAAUGGUUAAGCAUCUUCAAUGUCAAAUUACGACACAUGAGAGAAGAUAUUGAGUCGAUUGAAACUCGCAAUAACAAGUUGGAGAUGCAAUCUGUAAAUAAUAAAACACUUAUUGAGGAACUUGAUAAGCUUCUUGAACGGUUGCAAGUCCCUUCUGAGCAUGCAGCAUCUCUUACAGGAGGAUCAUUUGAUGAAGCUCACAUGCUUCAAAAUGUUGAAGCAUGUGAGUGGUUAACUGGUGCUUUACGUGGUCUUGAAGUACCUAAUUUGGACCCCGUUUAUGCGAAUAUGAGAGCUGUUAAAGAGAAACGAGCAGAACUUGAAAAAUUAAAAGCUACAUUUGUCAAGAGAGCUUCUGAGUUCUUGAGAAACUACUUUGCUAGUUUGGUGGAUUUUAUGAUUAGUGACAAAAGCUACUUCUCUCAGCGGGGACAAUUAAAGAGGCCUGAUCAUGCUGACUUGCGCUAUAAAUGCAGGACAUAUGCUCGUCUUCUCCAACAUUUAAAGAGUCUUGAUAAGAAUUGCCUGGGUCCACUGAGGAAAGCUUAUUGUAGCUCCCUUAAUUUACUUCUACGCCGAGAGGCUCGUGAAUUUGCAAAUGAACUUCGUGCUGGCACCAAAGCAUCAAGAAAUCCAACUGGCUGGCUUGAAGGUUCCACGGGUUCCAGUCAAAGUGGAAAUAGUGCAGAUACUUCUGCAGUUUCUGAGGCAUAUGCCAAAAUGCUGACAAUUUUUAUCCCACUCCUUGUUGAUGAGAGCUCCUUCUUUGCACACUUCAUGUGCUUUGAAGUUCCAGCACUUGUUCCCCCGGGAGGUGGUGCUAAUGGUAACAAAAGUGGGUCCAACAAUGAUAAUGGCAGUGAUGAUGAUUUGGGCAUCAUGGACAUUGAUGACAAUGACAGCAAAGCUGUUAAAAAUUCUGUGGAUCUGGUAGCAUUAAAUGAAUCUCUUCGGGAUUUGCUGGACGGAAUCCAAGAAGACUUUUAUGCUGUAGUGGAUUGGGCAUACAAGAUUGAUCCUUUACGCUGCAUAUCAAUGCAUGGGAUUACAGAGCGCUAUCUAUCUGGUCAGAAAGCCGAUGCAGCAGGUUUUGUGCGUCUGCUGCUAGGUGAUCUGGAGUCAAGAAUUUCUCUGCAGUUCAACCAUUUUGUUGACGAAGCUUGUCACCAAAUUGAAAGAAAUGAGCGAAACGUGCGGCAGACAGGUGUCAUACCUUACAUCCCUAGGUUCGCAACUCUAGCAACCCGUAUGGAGCAGUACAUCCAGGGACAAUCUAGGGAUUUGGUUGACCAAGCAUACACCAAAUUUGUGAGCAUCAUGUUUGUGACUUUGGAAAGAAUUGCACAAACUGAUCCAAAAUAUUCUGAUAUAUUUCUUCUAGAGAACUAUGCAGCAUUUCAGAAUAGCUUGUAUGAUCUAGCCAAUGUUGUGCCUAUGUUAGCCAAAUUUUAUCACCAGGCCAGUGAAGCUUAUGAACAAGCUUGUACACAUCAUAUCAGCAUGAUAAUAUACAUGCAAUUUGAAAGACUUUUCCAGUUUGCUCGAAAGAUAGAGGAUCUGAUGUAUACCAUAACACCAGAAGAGAUUCCUUUCCAACUGGGAGUUUCUAAAAUGGAUCUCAGGAAGACGUUAAAAGCCAGUUUAGCAGGGGUUGACAAGUCCAUUGCGGCAAUGUAUAAGAAGUUGCAGAAGAAUUUGGUAUCUGAAGAACUGCUGCCUUCUCUGUGGGACAAAUGCAAGAAGGAGUUUUUGGAAAAAUACGACAGCUUUGCCCAACUUGUUGCAAAAAUUUACCCCUCCGAAACCUUCCCUUCCGUGGCAGAAAUGAGAGAACUCCUCGCUAGCAUGUAGAGAGAAUUUUUUUUCCCGUGUACAGUCUUUUGUCGCUCAUUUUUGAGUUGAGAACUAUAUUGAGCUGCUCUAAUUAUUCUUAUUAUUCUUGUGUAGUUUCCUUUCGUUCUGCUAAUGAUCCAAAUGGCCCCUUUUCCAAUUUAUUAUGAAUUUUUAGGGCUAAUUUAUGAUUAAACGCUUCUAUAAAAGAGCUAGUCAAAUAAAUUUUCUACGAAAAU